AUGCGAAUUCCGUGUUGGUCGCACGAGGAGACGUGGCCCGGACUGUUGAAGCUGAUCAAGUCACAACACGUGCAACAGUUGAUCGUGGACAACAAGAAGGACGCGUGGAAGAAGCCGGCGUGGCUCGAGAUCUACAAGGACGGAACCGCUACCGCCGACUCGAAGAACGGCUACUACGAAUUCGUCAUCAACAAUGCCGGCCCACCGAUUCUACGCCAUCUUCUGCCAAUGGGUGGCCCACGGCUUCGUCUUGUUUGGUCGCCGGACAACAACGAGCGCGACCUGAUCAAGCUGUGGAAUUGGGCAGGAGCCGUGGUCAAGCGCCCGUUGGAGACCGGCAUGAUCAUUCAUGUGCUCUUCCACCCGGUACUCGAUGGAGGCAAGCUACACGGCAAGCUGAUUCCGGGAAUGCAUCUGAAGCGUUUGGCACCGGAAUACGAUCCGGACGAGGGAUGCUCGGGCCUUCAGGAUGUUUACUCCACCCACAAGGCAAACCGGCCGUACCUCGUCCAGCUCAGCCGCUACGAUCUGCUGCUCGAGGGUGCCGAGCCCGAUCACACUCCCGGGCAACUUCAUCCUUACCGCUGGGACCCAAGGGCCUACAACGAAGCUCUUCCCUACAGCUUCAUCCAGCGCGACUCGACACCGGCU